UCACAGCACCAGCCAAUCAUGAUCACAAGGUCUCUCGUGCUGUCAGCAUUAGUGAUUAGAACAAAUCUCUCCAUGAUCAGAUCAUCUGGGCACCUCUGUAUUAACGAUGCAAACAACUUUGUACCAACUGCUUACAACAUGUCUGCUAUGUUGCUUUGAAUACUUGGGAGCCAUCACUGUUGAGCAGACCCCAUCUUCUCUCUUUGGAAACCCCAAAGAUGAUGCCCAACUCAUCUGCAAACAUGAUGGCAGCAACUAUCAGUAUAUGUACUGGUACCAGCGAGUGAAAGGACAACAAGCAUUAGAGCUUAUUGGAUUCCUCAAUUAUGAUUUUGACAGUAAAGAAGAAAAGUACAAGAAAUUUAAUUUGACAGGGAAUUCAAAAGAGAGAGGAUCUUUAUAUAUAUCUAGCUUGAGUGUUGAAGACAGUGGAACAUAUUUCUGUGCUGCUAGCUACCACAGUGGUGGAAGUUGUCAUCUACCCUUACAAAAUAACAUCUUAUCUAACCACUGUUGUGUUCACCUGUUUAACAUCUUCUGUCUUAGCAACUGAGUGAUCUGUGUGACUGAGAGCAUUUAUAACAUACCUUAAAACACUUCUUGAAAGUCUGGUUUGCAGAUAAUAGUCAUUUACAUUGGUCCAAACAUUUAACAACCACCAAAUUUUUCAAAACAUUGAUGCGAAGGGGAUAAAUAGUCCCAAGAUGCUGUUUGGAUUCACCGAGAUGAAAGCCCUGCAAAGAUCAGACAGUCCUAAUUUAAGUUAAACUUCUCAGAACUGUAUUCAUGUCACUUGCUGUAUAUGAGAAAUAUGUCAUGCAGUCUCCGACACUGCCAGCAGAGUCAGUACAGAACCGAUCUCAUUACUCAACAAGGAAGAUGCAUUGGCCUGUGAAGACAGACAUCUCCAUUUGCAUCUGCAUGAGCACUAUAACAAAUAGCAUUCAAACUCCUUUUAAGUAAAUGCUGGCUGAAACCUCUGUGGAACCUGUUAUUAAAUUGCUUCCUGUGUCAAUUGUCUGUUGUUUAGGAAUUCAUCAUGAUUUAAUAAAUUAUGCUUUUUGUGUGUACGGAAUGGAACCAGCGAUGAUGUCAUCCAAGAGGGAAAGUAUAAAUUAAAUUUGUCAGGGCAAGGAAACAAAAGUUUAUUUUUUUGUUGUUUUUUUUAAAAUAUACACGGCAUAUAGCUUUGAUAUUUUAAUGAUACAAAUACAUUCACAAUACAUUCACAAAAUGUAAAUACAUUAUUUGUUUUUUUAUUAAUGUGCAUCUACUCAGCAAUGUUGAACUUUUUUCACUUCUGAUGAACAGUAUGUAAUUCAGUGAUGGCUACUGUCAGCAGAGGGAGCAAAUACUCAGUAUACCACAUGCUUUUCGAUGACAAACAUCGACAUGCCCAUGAGAUAAAAUUUUCUAUUCAGUUCCACUUGAUAGCUGAGACAGGUGGCAUUCACACAGUCCUCUUCUCUUUGCUAAAUCUAAUAAAUCUAUGAUUGUCCCAUCUGAGCACCAGGCUGUUGAAGAUGUGCAAUGACUUUUACCUCCUCUUUGCAUACAUGUUCUGUCUACUGGAUUCCACAGGAGCCAUCAAUGUGCAGCAAUCUCCAAUCGCUCAAUUUGUAAAACCUGGGGAAGGCAUGAAGCUCACCUGUCAACACGAUGACAGCAACUAUGACAGAAUGUACUGGUACCAGCAACUGAAUGGACAACAGGCACUGGAGCUUGUUGGAUUUCUAUAUUUUGAAGAUGUCAACCAGGAUAAAGAGUACAAGGGAAAGUUUAAUUUGUCUGGGAACGCAAAAAGCAAAGGAUUUCUAACUAUAUCAAAUAUGAAUGCUGGAGACAGUGGCACUUAUUUCUGUGCAGCUAAUGACGCGAGGGCCGCCACCGCCCCCGCCAAGCCGAGCCGGGACUUCUCAACGCCCCUGGCCGCAUUUGCGCACAAGGUGCACACCAACGCCGCGAGUCCUCACGACCAGCCGCGCCAAGCGCUGACCUGGAGGCCCGUGGGACCCCAGUCUGUCCGCAGCAGCCGUCGUAAAUUUUUAGCGCUUGAUCGGGUCGUGGCCGAAACGGUAGACUGGGGGGCAUGCUCGCUCCUGAUGCAGGCCGCAGAGCAGGCGUUCUCGGAUGACGCGGGGGCCGCCGCCGCCGCCGAGCCGGGUCUUCUCGACACUCCAGGCCGCGUUCGCGCACAGGAUGUGCGCCGUUGCCACGAGUCCUCACAACCUGCCACGCCGAGCGCAGAUCCUCAGGAAGAUGGCCUGGGUGUACGUGGCCGUGCAGAAGAGUUAACAGGAGCCGUCAAUGUGCAGCAGUUUCCAGUUGCUCAGUUUGUAAAACUUGGAGAUGACAUGGAGCUCACCUGCCAACAUGAUGACAAGAGCUAUAACAGAAUGUACUGGUACCAGCAACUGAAUGGACAACAGGCAUUAGAGCUCAUCCCCUUCCUGCUGAACAGGCGCCCCAACCAACCAGUAGAAGUCGCUAAUGCAACGAUCAGGACUCAUACUCUCACCGGCUUCCCACCCGCGAACACUGCCAACUGUGUUCAUAGGAACUGCAUUCAUUCAUCUCACACAGAAUAUUUGGGAGCCAUCACUGUUGAGCAGACCCCAUCUUCUUUCUUUGGAAACCCCAGAGAUGAUGUCCAGCUCAUUUGCAAACAUGAUGGCAGCAACUAUCAGUUUAUGUACUGGUACCAGCGAGUACAAGGACAACAGGCAUUAGAGCUUAUUGGAUUCCUCCAAUAUGAUAUUGUCAAUCAAGACGAAAAGUAUAAAGGGAAAUUUAAUUUGUCAGGGCACGCAAAAGAUAAAGGUUCUUUAGAUAUAACUAGCUUGAGUGUUCAAGACAGUGGAACAUAUUUCUGUGCUGCUAGCUACCACAGUGGUGGAAGUUGUCAUCUACCCUUACAAAAAACGUCUUAUCUAACCACUGCUGUGUACACCUGUCUAACAUCUUCGGUCUUAGCGACAGAGUGAUCUGUGUGACCGAGAGCAUUUGCCUAAAAACAUAACUUAAAGCAUCAUUGCUGGAAAGUCUGGUUAGCAGACAAUUGUCAUUUACUUUGGUCCAAACAUUUAGUGACCUCCAUAUUUUUAAAAACAUUGAUGCGAAAGGGAUAAAAAAAAAAAGAUUUAAACCCCAAGAUGCUGUUUAGAUUAAUCGGGAUGAAAGCCCUGCAAAGAUCAGAAUAGUCCUUAUUUAUGAGAAACAAUAUGUAAUGCAGCGUCAGAUGGAGUCAGUACAGAACCAACAAGGAACAUGCAUAAGCCUGUAAAGAGAGACUAUUCCAUUUGCGUCUGCAUGAGAGCUAUAACAAAUAGCAUUCACAAACUCCUUUUAAGUAAAUGCUGGUUGAAACCUCAGCAAUUCUACUCAUCAAAAGUAUUCAUUAAAUUUAACAAAAAGUUUUAAAAUAUACACAGCAUAUAGCUUUGAUGUCAUAAUGACACAAAUAGAUUCAUGCACAGAUUCAAAAUGUGAAUAUUGUUUUUUGUAUUACUGUGUAUCUACUGAGCACUGUGGA